AUGGAGGCCACCUCCCAGGCAUGGAAGAUUUCCUCAAAGAGGAAAUUACCAGUGGGCCCAAGGGCCAGCAGGAGGAAGACAGUGGCAAGAAGGAGGGUACGGCAGAUGGGGAUGGAAUUAAUAGUAUCUGAAGUACCCAUGACCAGAACCCAACUCUCUGUGCUCAGCAAGGGAAGAUCUUUUGUACCUGGCCCUCCCCCAAAGAAAGCCCUUUUGGAGAACCUAGGAAGCUCUAUGAAUAGAUUAAAAGAGCAAAUAAACAAAAGAUUUGCAGAUUCCCUCUUGCCAGGCCAAGGCAGCCUCCCAAACAUGAGCAAACAAGAAAGAGAGGCCCUUAAAGACCUAGCUCAAAACCCAGACCUAGUCAUUAAAAAAGCAGACAAGGAUGGGGCUUUAGUGGUUCUGAAAAAAGAAAGCUAUAUAGCAAUGGGUGAAGCACAUUUAUCAGAUACAGAAACAUACAUCCCAUUAAAUAAUCCAGAUGAAGCCCUUCAAGUCAUAAAAAGACAAAGCAAGAUCCUAAAAAAGAACCCAGAUACAGGCCUAUGGCCAGGGAGACCAGUGCUCAGUGGAUGUAAUGCUCCUACCAGACCAGUAGACAGAUUGCUAACAACGUAUCUCACUCCUCUGCUGGACCUCCUUCCAGAGAGAUUGCAAGAUACCACAGCCUUUUUAAAGAAAAUAGCCACAUUACCAAGGUUCCCAUCAGGCUCUAUUAUCUUCUCUUUUGAUAUAGUGUCAUUGUACCCCUCCAUUCCACAGGAGGAAGCAUCUUGGAUUGUGGCAAAUUUCUAUGAAAGGAACUUUGCAUAUGUCAAGGAAAGGCUAAGAACAGACUUUAAUAUCAUAGCCCCACCUCCAUAUUUAAUAAAAGAAGGAAUAGAUCAUGUCUUACAAGGCACACUGCUAAGAUUCAACAACCAUUUCUAUAAUCAAGGCAAAGGAACAGCAAUUGGAGCUUCAGUCUCAGUGGCUAUAGCUGAAAUCUUUGUACAUGCUAGCAUAGAAAAGAGAAGACAGAAUUUAGAUAAGCAGCCAGCAGUUUUCUAUAGAUAUAUUGAUGAUAUCUUUGGAAUUUUUACUGGCACAGAGGCAGAACUCUUGGAAUACCACCAAGAGUUAAAUAAUAUACACCCAGACUUGAAUUUCACAGUAGAAUACAGCAAAAAGGAGUUGCCCUUCCUAGACACUAUGGUGUAUUUGGAUGCAGAAGGAAAAGUGCAAACCUCGGUGUACCAUAAACCAUCAAACACACACCAGUACCUGCAUUUCCAAUCAUGCCAUCCCCCAAGCCUCAAAAGGUCUUUACCUUACUCUCAGGCACUGAGAAUUAAAAGAAUAGUAAGUGAGCCACACAAACUAGAAGAAGCUUUAAAAGACAUGGUCAGUUUCUUCACAAAAAGAGGAUACUGCAAGAGAACACUAGGAUCUGCUUUAAAAAGAUUAAAAGAGGCCACAGGGAAACAAUCUUAG